AUGAUAAGGGGAUUUUCGGCCAUUAAAUGUGUGGCGGAGGCCGCGCACGCGCUGGUGCGGCUGGCGCAGUGUAAGUACCGCGCACGGGCCCCUUGGCGAUCGCAUGGCUUUGCACGCCGCUUUGCACGCUUCUUUAUUGACCCCAUCGCGACGUACACCCCCGCGCCGGGCCGGGGGGAAACUGGAAUCGGCGCAGUACCCGCGCACGCCAGAUCCCCCCUCGGGCGCGGACACGGUACAGGCCUCACGGAGACCGCGCGGCUGCUGCAGAACGUUCGCAGCGUGUUCGGGCGGCGCUCGGCCACGCGGGUCAACGCGGAGCUCGAACUGUCCCAUGGGUUCGCCUUCUCGCAAGAGGAGGGCGGCACCGUCUCGCAGGCGGACGUCAUCCGCGCGUACGACACCAGCCAGCCGAGGCAGGCGCGCUCC